UGUUUUUCAGGCGGUUAUGUGAACUUUGGAAAGAAGGAUCCAUAUCUGCCCUGUCCGGCGUGUCCGAGACACACGCAGGUGGUCGUGACAGCAUCCAAGAAGACACCUCUUUUGAAUGGCCAAGACGCCUCUUCGUGGUGGGAAGAGGACGAGGUGGUGUUUGACUCACGUGUUGUGGAGGACACGGAUCUGCGCGACCCGGACGAGAAUGAUGGGGCUUAG